UUUAAUUACAAUUAACUGCAAAAUUAAAUUGUACAUUAAGGACAUUAAAUCGUUCACCGGGUCAUGUUUUCAUACAGCACUCGUCCUUAGAUAUGUAUCUAUAAAAAUGGUACACAUAUGUAUUUAGUGUUAAAGCUUAUGUCAUUUGUGUAACAUGGCGUCCAAGGAGAGUAGCAAUUUUCAAAAAGUUUUGGAGUUCAAAAUUUAUAAAUGCUCCAGUUUUUCCUCAUGCUAUGUGCCAGAAAAUAUCCUUGUAGAUAAACCAUCAGAUCAGACAUCGCGCUGGUCUUCCGAUAUUGACACUUAUCCACAGUUUCUUAUAUUGAAAUUGCGAUUUCCCUCGAUUGUGAAAACAAUUACAUUUGGUAAAUACGAGAAAACACAUGUAUGUAACAUAAAAAAGUUCAAGAUAUAUGGCAGUUUAGAGCCACAAAACAUGAUGGAACUUCUAGAAAAUGGUUUAAGAAAUGAUUCAAUAUCAGAAACUUUUGAUUUGAAGCAUAUGUUAGGAAAUGAAGAAAAUUAUUUUCCAGUUAGGUAUAUAAAGAUUGUUCCAUUGCAAUCGUGGGGUCCUAGUUUUAAUUUCUCUAUUUGGCAUGUACAACUAACUGGUACUGAUGAUGUUAACAUCGUAAAACCUAGUAUCGAAUGGUUUAAUGCGUAUCGCCAAAAAGAAGUUAUAAGGCUGUGUAUGAAACACUUUAGAAAGCUAGAGCAGUCUGAAAUUGUAGAAACAUUGCAAAGAGUUACUGGUGUUCCACUUGAAGACCCUACAUUGACCAGAUUAUAUGAUUUAUUGGUUAUAAAAGGUGACCACUUACAAGCUGAAUGCUUCAUAAGUAAUGCUGUAAUGAUGGGUCUUUUAAAUGACUAUAUCAAUGCUCAGACUUAUAGAGCAGUUUGGACUAAGUUAUCAUUCAAUGAUGGUAAACCAGGAAUGAGAGGAGGCCACCAAAUGGUCCUUGAUCCAAUUGCAGAACUUCUAUAUCUUUUUGGGGGGUGGGAUGGCAAUCAAGACCUUUCAGAUUUGUGGGUGUAUAAUAUAGCUUCUAACAGAUGGACCAUUAUAUGUAAAGAUACAGAAGCUGUGGGUGGUCCAAGCGCAAGAUCUUGCCAUAAAAUGUGCCUUGACCCAGAUCGCAGGCAACUGUUUACUCUUGGUAAAUACUUGGAUGCAGAAUAUAGAACACCAGAAAAUUUGAAGAGUGAUUUUUUUGUAUAUGAUAUUGAAUCGAACAAAUGGACACAAAUAUCAGAAGAUACGUUCGCCGUAGGAGGACCUCAAUUAAUUUUCGAUCAUCAAAUGUCUAUGGAUGUUGAAAAACGGACAAUUUACAUAUUUGGCGGUCGUGUUCUUGUAUCCCCAACAUGUUCCGAAGAUCACGUUAUGAUGUCAAGUUCGACUGAACCCACUUUUUCUGGAUUGUAUUCUUAUCAUGUACCAACUGGUACCUGGAACAAACUUGCCUGUGACAUUGCAAAACCAUGUCCUAAUGCACCAACUAUUAGAUCUAGAGCUGGUCAUUCUAUGUUGUUUCAUCCUGGAUUGCGGAGAUUAUAUAUUUUCGCAGGUCAGAGAGGUAAAGAGGAUCUUAGCGAUUUUUUUACGUACGAAGUUGAUACAAAUCACAUUGAACACAUAUUUAACGAUUUCGGUGCUAAAGAUUCAAAUCAUGUUCCGGCGGCUGGAUUUACGCAAAGAGCCACUAUUGACCCUGAAUUGGGAGAAAUAUAUGUUUUAUCGGGUUUAAGUAAAGACAAAGGUAAAAGAUUUGAUAGUGUUCAAAAUUCUUUUUGGGUGUACAGUAUUAAGAACAAUAAAUGGUCUUGCAUUUAUCGAAAUGACAAUGUUGGAGAGAAAUAUUGGAGUAAAAUGCAAGAUUAUGAACCAUGUCCACGAUAUGCACAUCAAUUGGUUUAUGAUCACGUAAAGAAGGUUCACUUUUUAUUUGGAGGGAACCCUGGUAGGUCCUGUCUUCCAAAUUUACGUCUCGAUGAUUUUUGGCAAUUAAAAUUAUGCAGACCGUCUCAUGAACAAAUCCUAAAGGGAUGCAAACUACUUAUUAGAAAGCACAAAUUCAAAGAGCUAGCUUUGAACAAUAGCGUCGAAGCACUCGAAUAUUUACAGACCAAAGUAUCGGAAAUAAUUGAUCAUAACGAUGUGGAACAAACGAAAGAGUUUCAAUUGUUAACAUCCCUUCUAUUCAGAGAACAAAACUCCUUGUUAGGAGAAGCCACAAAUUCAAAUAGUUCAGACGCCGUAUUAGGAAAUUUAAUUAACAUGGAUACAUCGUCGUUAUGUUAUUCGACUACGCGCGAUAUUCAUAGUUUGAGAACUGAAUUAUACGAUAAACUGACAGAAUUUUUUCCUGAGUCAUCGACACAACCCCGUGCUAAUUUGAUCGAUCUUUUACCAUUGUGAUCCAACAAUAAUUAAAAUUUAAUUAAGGAUAUUUCGAAAUGUAAAGCAGAGAGAUUCCUUUCAUUUUCAUGUAAAGACAUUUACUAUGAUAUCAAACGAAUUUUAUCUUUAAAAGAGGAACGUUAUUUUUAUAGCGUAAUUCUUUGUAUCAUUUUAAAAGGAAAAGAAUUCUCAUAAAGCAUGCAGCCUUCCCCUAACAUAUAAAUACACAACUUUAUUUCUUUUACAUAAAGGAUAACUUUUUUGGAAAGGAAAAAAGAAAAAAGCAUAUGUCGAUAUAUAUUUCACCGCGAUGCACUUAAGCGAGGAGUUAAAUUAAAACAAAAAUUUAUCCUUUACAUUUUUUUCUUAUUGAGUUUUCGUUUACAUUGGAUUGUUCUAGCUGUUUUUGUUACAUGUAAAUUUGUUAGAUUUAUUUGUUAAGUUUAUUUCAUAGAAUGCGAUUAAUAAGUAUCAUAAUUAUUCACCCAAGUACUGUUACACAUUGUUCAAAUCGGUUCUCACUAUUAACAAAUCGGAAUUAUCUUGUCGAUAUAUAUUAACCAUGUGUCUACAAACAACUAUCAUUCUUAAAGCAAUUAAAAAUUGACUAUUUUUUAAAUUUCUUUUUUAUCCAAUGUGUAUAUACUGAAGGGAUGCUUUACAAACUCGAACGAAAACUCGUUAAACGUUGUAACGUUAAUGAGAAAUUGCAACAUAAGUGCAACAAAUAGGCGACGCAUUAAAAAAUAUAUAUUCUUCUAUUUUUAUGGCUUCGCUUUGUUCGCCAUUUAAAAUAUUUUAUACAAUGUAUUGUUAUCGAAGCAUCAUCUGUACAUCAUGCGAAAUAGGUCAAACUAGCAUUACCAUUUAUAUUCAUAAUAAGAAUUUACUAUACAUACUUCACGAUAAAUGUUAUAAAGCUUAGUACAUAAUAGUAAACUGUUAUAAAGCAUGGAGCUUUCUAUGCAUACUAUGUAUAUCUGCAAUAUGUUUUAUUAUACUCUAUGUUUGUAUUAUUGCUACAUCGCUAUUUAAAUAAUCAGUUAUCACGAAGAAGACGCGUCAGCAUAUUUGCUUGUGAUAGAAUUGGUAUAAAAAGCAUUACCUUUGUUUUCGCGAUCUUGUAUAUAUUCUAUGACCAUAGGAAGUAAUAGCUAAAGCCACCAUUAUUGUUAAUCUUUUUGUAUUAUAAAUGUUAUUCAAUGACAUGCGCGGAACAUCUUGUACAUAGCAUUGCUUUAUCGGUGUAUUUGUCUGAGCAAUUAUUUGUAGCAUUAUAAGAUACGAACAGCGAAAAUGUGAUUAUAGCGAACGUUAUUAAUUAUUCGAGAUACAUGUACGAGAAGGUAUUUCUCUUAAGCGUAUCUUUGUAUAUAACUUUGUGCGCUAGAGAAUGAAACGAUUGUACAAUUCGGUUAUAGGAUAAGAAGUAGUGGAUCUAUACGACGAACAUUAGAAUAACAUAACAAGGAGAAAAGAUGCGAAAUUUUUUUAAAAAUAUUUCAUUGCUAUCAAUCUUUCUCUGCGAUUUUCAACGAAAACAGGACAAAAUAAUUUUUGCCCGGUAAUCUGUUAUAAUUAUUGGUUUAGUUAAGCGUGACUCUGGUAUGUAUGCGCAGUACAAGUAUCUUCGAUGUUUAUCAGCUAUCGUCGAAAUCUAUUUUAUACGCGAUCGUGAAAGUUACGUUGGUAUUCGAAGGUACGUUGCGUAUAUACGUUCAACAAAUGAAAAACAUUACUUCCACGAUGUUAUGCAUAUAUAUCAAGAUAGUAAAUAUCAGAUUUGUCUCAGGAUUUUAUCUGAUCGUUUUAUUAUAAAAUUCGACAAGAACGUUGAGUAGAAUUCUAAAGACGUGAUAUUUGAAGUUCUAGUCAACUAAUAUACGAUUAUGGGGAAAAAAAAAGUAAUCGCCACUCGAUAUUUACAGAUGAAACGAUAAAAGUAUAAUUUAUAAUGAUUAAGAAUCAUAAUCAUAUUGUCAUGUAAUUUUUCUGGUUUCAUCUUGUUCGUAUACCCUAUCCGUUUCUAGUGAUAAUUCGACGUUCCCUUUACUCGAAAGAAAGACAGUUAUUUGAGAAUUUUAGAGGAUCAAACCGUCAACACGUGGUAUAGACAAAGAUUAGUGGGAAACCCUCAUUCAAAUGUCUUUUGUAAAUUUAUGGGCGGAAUACCUACUAAACAGAGAGAUAUCCAAAAAUUUUGCCUUCUUUUUUAGCAUAUCUUUACUAAUGAGAACAUAUUAUUUUCAACGUGUAUUUUUAUUCUACUAUUCGAACAAAGUAUAUAAUAUAAUAUAUAACACGUGGAUAGUUUGAUCUUCAAAUUUCAUUUUCAAAAAGCACCUUUUACUUGUUUCUUAUCUUCGAUCAUCUGUUCUAUUUUUCUUUUUCCUACAUUUAAAUAUAAUCAUUUCAUUGCCAAUGAUUACGUGCAUUUAUUUGAAAUCGUUAUUGUUUUUUAAACAGUACUAAUUGUAAGAUAAAAACGAACUCGUGUCACAUAUGUGUACAUAUGAAAUAAAAAAGGUGAACUUUUUGCAAGAAUUA